CUCGCCGGUGUCGCGGGCUGGGCGUGGGGCUGCAGGCAGCGGCGGCGGGAUGGACGCGGAUUACCCCGGCUUCGAGACCCCGCUCUGCGGCGAGCUCAAGCGCUUCUGCCGCACGGUCAAGGAGACCUACAAGGAGAUCAGAGAGGACCUGACCCCGUACAAGGAUGAUCGCUACUACCGGUUAGCACCAAUGCGAUUGUAUACACUGUCCAAACGACACUUUGUUCUGGUCUUUGUUGUAUUCUUCAUUUGUUUUGGUUUGACAGUCUUCAUCGGAAUUGCAGGUCCUAGUGUAAUUGAAUCCACUGCAGUAACCGCUAAAUUGAAAAACUUAAAGAUGAGGCCAUUUAAAUUAAAUUCAAAACCAUUGUCUACUUAUAAUCAGCAGCUGUGGCUGACAUGUGUGAUUCAGCUGGAUCAGCCUGAUGAAUCCAGCUUCAAAACAAAUGUUACUAUGACAGUUAAAAUACGUGGUGUAGAAGAAAAUGGAAGUUCAUCGUUCAUUAAUAAACAAGUUUACAAUCGGACGAGAAUGCUGAACUGUGCACAAAAAUGUGCCGAAAUCAUUGUGGUUCACCUUGGCUACUUGACUUAUACUCAGUACGAAGUCAUGGUUGGUUUUGAGGAUCUGAAUAAGCUGAUGUACCCCAUCAAGAAUGUGAAUUUCACAUGGAAAACCUACAACCCAUCUUUUUCACAAGUGGAAAUCUGGUUCCGAUUUGUCUUUGUAGUUCUUACUUUCAUGGUCACUUGUCUGUUUGCACAUUCCCUCCGGAAAUUUUCCAUGAGGGACUGGGGAAUUGAACAGAAAUGGAUGUCCAUCCUCCUUCCCCUGUUGCUGCUUUACAAUGAUCCAUUUUUCCCCCUCUCAUUCUUGGUGAACAGUUGGUUUCCUGGAAUGCUUGAUGACCUCUUUCAGUCAGUGUUUCUGUGUGCAUUGCUGCUGUUCUGGCUCUGUGUCUACCAUGGGAUAAGAGUGCAGGGAGAAAGGAAAUGCUUAACAUUCUAUUUUCCCAAAUUCUUUAUCGUUGGGCUUCUGUGGUUGGCCUGUGUUACAUUAGGAAUAUGGCAAACUGUUAAUGAACUACAUGAUCCAACAUACCAGUUCAGGGUUGACACAGGUAAUUUUCAGGGAAUGAAAAUCUUCUUCCUUGUGGUGGCAACUGUAUAUAUCUUGUACCUUUUGUUCCUGAUAGUGAGGGCGUGUUCAGAGCUUCGCAACAUGCCUUAUGUUGAUCUCAGGUUAAAAUUCUUGACUGCAUUGACCUUUGUAGUUCUUGUCAUUAGCAUUGUUAUACUUUAUCUACGCUUUGGAGCACGAGUUCUACAGGACAACUUUGUAGCUGAGCUUUCAACUCAUUAUCAGAAUUCAGCAGAAUUCUUAUCAUUCUAUGGUUUACUCAACUUCUAUCUCUACACCUUAGCCUUUGUGUAUUCCCCAUCAAAGAAUGCACUGUAUGAGUCACAGUUGAAAGACAAUCCUGCCUUUUCUAUGCUGAAUGAUUCAGAUGAUGAUGUGAUUUAUGGGAGUGACUAUGAAGAAAUGCCACUUCAGAAUGGUCAAGCCAUUAGAGCCAAGUACAAGGAGGAAUCAGACAGUGAUUGAGUUCACGUGGAGGAGACUUGCUUAUGAGAAUGAAAGUGAUCUUGAGGUUUUUCCUAGAUGACCACUUCCUUGGCUUUCUUAUAAAUCUGCUUUCAACUGAACACUAUCUCCCAAGGAAGGACUUCCUAUUUAUUUCUGUUUACAGAGUUAAAACAAAACUGAAGGAAAAAUGGAAAUGCUUGAAAAGUUUGUGGUGGAGGCUUCUAAGAAACCAAAUUCUCUCUUUACACUAGGUUUAGAAAAUGUCACAUACAGGAUUUCUGUGGAGAACAGACUGCUAAAACAAUGAGGCUUUCAGAGUCUGGUUCCAACUAAGUGUGUCACUGAGUAUAUGCUGAUUUAAAAUUGCUUCCUUGCUGUCUGUUUUUAAAGGAUUAUGUACAGCACAUCAUCUUCACUCCUGAUGCAGCUUGUGUUAGCUAUUGUGUACAGUGUCCACUGGUGAUAAAGUGCCUCUCUUUCUUCUUCCCUUCCUCACCCUGCCCAUCUGAGUUGGAGGUACGAAAUGGCAGGUAUUUCCACUGAUUUCUGAGAAACCACAAGCUUUAUUGCUUCUGCUUCAAGGGGGAAGCAUUCACAGUUCAGUGGUCAGCUCUGUAAUUGACUGGAGUUCAUAAAAUGGAAGUUUGCCAAAUAUCUACAGUUAUGACUGUGAGACAGAUAUAAAUGUUCAAGUUCUGUUGAGGCCAAAAUUUAUAAACAGAAUAAUAUAUUAUAAACAGCAGUGCAAAAUAAUUUGCAAGGGUUUCUCUUAGAAUGAUCAAAACAAAAUAAGACAAAAAUAAGUUAGAACGUCUAGUUUAAAUAUUUUAAACUGUUGCAAACCUUGGUGGGAAAUCCAUCUGUGUUGGGGGCAGAGGAGUUGAGAAAAUUGUUACAUUUCCUACAAUGGGUACAAUAUACAACUUAAUAUUUUUAACACAAACAUUCUUUUAAUUGCAAGAUCCUUUCCUAAAUUAGGAUUUUUCAUGCAGUCUUCUCAUAGCUGUUUUAAAAAAAAAGUAGUUUAUAAGGACAAUCACUUUUGAUGACAUGUUGAACAAAUAUACAAAAGUGUGUUCUUCAGCAUGUUCUGUAGAUAGCUCAACCUCUUCAUCUUUAGACACACCUAAAUAGCUAUACUUAAAAUGCCUGCUGCUUACAAGUAUCUUUUUGACUGUCCCUUUUCAGGCUAUGCUAGAACAGCGUGCUACAGAACUUCAGAGUAUUUAUUAGAAUAUUGCUCAUCAUGAUAUUUAAAUGUGUAUUUCAAUUUCCCUACCACAGUAUAGCUUUUUUUUUAAAGGGAGGCUGUCAAUUUCUAUUAACUUUUUUUAAAGUUUAGUAUUUUCAGGUAUGCCACCUAUCCCUGGAGUCUUUCUGUGGUUUCACAAUCACCAUUUUCUUACUGUUUCUCUUCCCUGUUGCUGUAUGAAAUACCCAAACUAACAAAUGGGGAAACUGACAGCAUAUAGAGAACAAACAGUGAUUUUGAUCUAUAUGCAAAGACCUGUCUACAUUAGGGAAUUGAACUGGUUUAAUCAUAAAAGUUCACUGUGUCCACAAUGAACAUGCUGAAUUGCAUUGGGAACCAUUGCAGGUUUGUCUUGCAUUCACAUUAGAACUGUUCUAAACCACUUCAUCUGCAAUAACCUCUGGGUAUCUGUUUCAUGGUUCAGGAGCAAUGCAUUCUGGGAGACUUGACCAGGGUGCUAUGGGAGGACUAGUUGAACUACUACAGCUAGUCUGUAUUCUCAAAGGCAUUUAAAAUGGUUCUGACAAAACAGCAUUUAGUUCUGCUGAAAGCAAGUGGAAUACAAAAUAUAUUUAGCAUGCUUGUGUAAACCAUUUUGUGGCUAUGAAAUGUAACAUACUAGGAAGUUGAAAAGAUAUCUAGCACAGUAAAUGUCUCUUGUGUAGACCAAAGCCAAGAGAAGGCCAAACUACUGUCAUGUGCACAAAGUAAAGAAAUAGAACAAAUAGAUUCUCCCCCCCCACAAAUCCUCCGCCCAGCAUGGUAGGUGUUACUCGUAACAAUAUUUGGAAAAAUUCUGAGAGAGUUAAAUUGUCUUUGUAAACUGCAGUAGUUGUUGCACCUUUAACAACUCCUUUUAGCUAACUUAGCCUUUUUUUAAUACACGGUUGUGUUUUAGAUGCUUUUUUAAUCCAACGGAAAAACAGACUGGCUUCUCUUUUUCUAAAACAAGAAAGCAAGAAUAAUCCAGGUUUUGCUUGUACUUGAGUUUGACUUUGUAAAGUCAAGCUCAGGAUCCAAUCACUGACAUUGCCUAUACACCCAAAAUUUCCAUGGACUUUCAUGGGAGUCGGGGGUGGGAGGCGGCAACACAAGGAUCAGGCCUUUAUGUUUAUGCAGAUUUUUACUUGUGCAUUCAAAGCUUUUUGGCACUUUAAUACUAUUUUAUUCCUCUUAUAAGUCAUUUUUUGAUUUGCUAAAAUAUUUUUCCAUGUAGGAUAUUUGAGUUUUACUAAUGCUGCUUACUAUAAUCCAGGAUGCUUGUGAUAUAAUAUAUUAAGUCUGACUUUAUUAAAUGUUUUUUUUAUUCCAUUAACUAAAGAAAACAUUUUUUAAAAAUUCAACUUCAAGAAAUCAUGAUAUUUAGAAUUUGAGAAAUUUUCCUAGGCUGGUUUGUCCCUUUAUUAUUCUUUGUUUUGUUAUUACAUUGCUCGUUAGAGGAACAAAAAUAGGAAUAGGAUGGGGAAAUGUGCACUUUAAAAAACAAAGUUAUUUAUCUUGUUAAUGAAUUAUUUUGUAGAAAUCCUGCAUUGAACUGCCUUUCCCCAUGCAUAGAGCCCUGCACAGAUACAAAAUUUAUAUCGGCAUCCAAGCUGCAAAAAUGAUCUGUGGAUAUCCACACCCGCAGAUAUAAAGCGGAUAUCUGCAGGGUUUUAGAAAGAAAAUUUGGAUCCGCAUCCAUCCACGAUCUGCAAAAAAUCAUCCACAGAUGUAGAUAGCUGCAGAUAUAAAGCAAUAUCUGUGGCUUUGCUGGGCUGUACUCCUGCAUACUGUAUUUUAUACUCAAAAAAUGUUACAUUGUAACUUAGCAAGUUUGGCUAAAGCUGCACAGCAUUAAAUUCACUACCUACCUAGUAAAUAGGCAGAAGCAGUAAAGCUGUCUCCCUGGCAAGAGAUCACACAUUUCAUGCCUUGUGGCGAUGAAUAUUGAAAACUGCACAAAGAUACAAUUUGGAACCAAAGAUUACUCUGAGGAAUUCUCUUGUGGCAACAAGAUGGAUUGUAAAUAUUUUGUGGGGAGUUGUAUUCAUGUGUCUCUACGCAGUGUGUUGUGCUAUUUGACCCAAGAAUUAAAUGAAAGGUGCCUAUGUAAGAAAUUCACUUGGCUAGCUGUGUAUUUUCCAUAUGGCCAGCGGAAAAGUCAAUAAGGGAAGUAUAUUUUGUAAAGCUGAAUUUUUUUUUUUUCUUCCCAGGAACCCUAGUUAAGUCAAAGUGCACUUCUGCUGGGCUGUUAAAACACAACUAAUAAAAACAGUGGGGUGGAUUUCCCUCUCUCCCCCAUUUCAGGCGUUCAUGUAAUAAUUCCAAAUUAAACCUUUUCAAGAAUGAUGAUUAGAACAUAGGAAAAUUAAUCAUGUAUACAAAAUACGUCCACAAUGUACUGGGUUAUGGCAAAAAUGAGAUACUUCCUCUUUUACAAUACUGAGGAUUUUUUACUUGCAAAAAUCUUUCUUGUGCGCUAUGUGGAAGCCAAAUGCCACUGGCCCUGGUGUUACCUGCUCAAUUUAGGGCACUGUGUCUAUACCCUAUGGAGGCUCAAGGUGUGACCAAGUCAGUUUAGGCACCCCCAUCCUUUCCCUUCCGAGGGCUCAGGGUGUAAGGCACCUAUCCUUACCCAUAGGGCUCAGGAAGAAACCAGGUCAAUUUAAGUAAGAGCCCUUUCCCUGGGGGUUAAGGGCUCUAUGGGUCUGUGGAACUUUUUCCCAGUGAAAGAGCCUUACACAGUUGUGCGCUAAACAUCUAUUUAUUAGCAACAUGCACAGAAUACAUAUACCAAGCAAAUCUCUUAUGCUCACCACUCCUCCUAUACAGACAAAUUUCACCCAAUGACCAGUUAAGAUUCAUUCAUUUGUGGGGUCCCUGUGAUGCCUCUGCAUAUCAGGGUUGUACAGAAGGGUCAGAGUUCCAGCAGCUUGAUGUUGAACUGCAGUCUGGAAAUGGUUCCCAAAGAGUAUUGCUUUUCAUUUAUAUUAUAUAGGUAAAACUAGAUCCCUCCUUCAAAUGUACUAAAGCUAUCACAUUAUCCCACACUCCUAAACAACAACCAUUUUAACCAGUUACGCACUGGCAUCUGUGUGUCCUCCUUGAUGCCCAAGUUCUUUACAUUUUAUCUUUCGUACCCAAAUUGUGAUCAUCUCUAUAUGUGCAGAUAGUCAGUGCUUAUCUUACCAUUUGUUGAGUCUCUUUCUGUAUCCUCCCUAAUUUCCCAGCAUCUUUACAACUUGGUUGUAACCAAGUGGUUAUAACUGUUAGGGACAUUCCUAAGAUGGAGGUGCUUUAGCAGCAGCAGAACAUUCCUUUUUUUUCAAGUUUAGUGGUGAACACCCUGAGUUUCACCCAAGGCAGGUCUAAUAUGUGGGGGUGUUGAUCAGGUCUCAGGCCUACACUGGUGAUUCAGGUAUUGUUAGGUCCUGAACUCUCAUGCAGAGUUUUGCUGUUGUAUUGGCUUUAAGACAUCAUCAGUGUUAAGGCUGCCUGGGAAACUAAUAUCCUGUUCUCUAUGGCCAAGGAGGGGAAGUAUAACCCAGAGGAAUACAUUAGGGAAGAGAAAUCUUUGUUAAACUGGAUUUUCAUUCUUAACCAAAGGUAGCAGAGAGCAUGAACUGCUUUGGGAAGAUUGUUUUGAAAUGUAAGGAUUCUUGACUUGAUAGCUUUCUUUGAUCCCAAAGGCAAUUAUUGUAAGCCUGCUUCUUCCCUUUUUGCCAUAUGUCCUGACUGUGCCAGUAACUGCUAUACACUACACAAAACCCUCAUGCUAUUGUAAAACAUUUUUUAAAGUUUGUAAAUAUAUGUAAAAUGAAGCAAAACUAUGGUAUACCAAAAUGGUAUAGAAUGUGUAAGAAAUAUUCUGUUAAUGAGAAGCUGUAAAUAUGGUGCUGCUUUGAGAAGGUAUGCAUUAGUAUUGUGUUUUAGGGGAACUGGUUAAUAAGUCAUUUAUUUACACUGGAAAUCUUUCUGGUAUAGAAUACACAGCAAACCUGAUUGUUUACCUUCAGCAAAAAUUGGGUGCUGAUACAUGGAAGACUUCAUGUGCAUUAAAUAUGUUAAUAAAUAGUUUUCAUACUGUAUCUUUA